AGCGUUCCCUGAAAAAGGGCAGCAUGACCCUUCUCAGUCUUCUCUCUGCUGACAGUGAACACAGCCAAGAAAUAUUCACGAAGAGCAAAAUAAACAAAGAAAAGAAAGGAUGUAUUCGCAAAGCUAUCCUGCCACCUGUAGAUAUUCGGAUCUUAAAAAGUGGCAAGUUUUUUACCUCCUGGAUAACGAAAUAACCUCACAAAUUCAUAUGUUUAUGGGAUUUGACAAUGAUUCAGCUCUAAUUAUGACUAAGAAUGGAAUGGUAUAUAGCUUGGGUACGAAUUACGAUGGUGAAUUGGGAUUAGAUAAGGAUUACAUCCAACUAAAAGAAAUGAAAACAUUAUGUAAGAUAAAUAUAAAAACCUUUUACUGCAGUAUUGAUGCAAAAUCUAUCUUUGCAGUUACGGAGGAAGGAGAGGUGUAUUCCUGGGGCUCUAAUGAAAACUGUAGAUUGGGAAGACCAGAAUUGGAAGUGAAAACAAAAAUAUACAUGCCUGCUCAAAUAAAUAGUUUAAGUACUAGGUUAACUGGGGAACACAUUACAGAUAUUGCAUGCAACAAUUACAUUUGUCUUGCUUUGACAGACAGUGGAAAAAUAUAUACUUGGGGGAACAUUAAGUAUAGUUCAAGCUAUUAUGACAUUGUAAGUACACCAUAUCAAGUAAAUUUCGAUAUUAUUCAUAUUGCUUGUGGUUCGUCUUUCGCCAUGGCACUUAACAAAGAUGGUAAAUUGUAUAGUUGGGGCCUAAAUAAUUAUGGUCAAUUAGGAAUAAACUCAACAAAAGAGAACUAUGAUCCAUGUUUAAUCACUUCAUUAAUACAUGUCACAAUAGUUAAAGUAGUUUGUGGAUUGGAACAUUCAUUGGCGCUCAAUUCUGAAGGAAAAAUCUAUUCGUGGGGUAGUAACAGUAAAGGACAGUUAGGACAUGGUAAAAAGACAGAACGGGAAAUAAAACCUGUUAUGUUGUGUGCGCCUAUAAUGGGAAAGAUAUCCGACAUUGCCGCUCAAGAUGAUAAAAGUGUCGCCAUUAACAAGAUUGGACAUGUCUAUGUAUGGGGUCAUCGUGUUUGUUACCAAAUAAUUUGGGAGCCUGUUAGAACCCAAUAUUCCAACAUCUAUGACAUAUUCAGAUAUAAAAUACCAUACAUCAUUCAUGAUAGUACAAACGAAAAAUCAAACAUAUUGGAAUACCUGAGAGCAGCAUUCAACGAUCUUUCGACAAGCGAUCUUACGAUAAAAAUUGGGGAACAACUUCUCUACGUUCACAAAAGUAUUCUGAAAAUUCGUUGUGAAUACUUUAGAAAAAUGUUCCAAAAUAAUUGGGCAGAAAAUAAUCAAAGUAUCAUUGAGCACGAUCAAUUCUCCUACAAUGUGUAUAAAGCUUUCUUGAAAUAUUUAUAUACCGAUGUGGUCGAUCACUUAACUUUGGAGGAAAUAUUCGAACUCUUAAAGUUAUGUGAUGAGUAUAAUGAGACAAAGCUUGAAGAAAAAUGCAUUGAAAUAAUAGGAGAAAAUAUUACUGUGUCAAAUGUAGCUUUUUGUUAUGCAAAAGCAAUUGAAAAUAAUGUAAAGGAUUUAGAGGAAUUUUGCUUUCAAUUUGCGUUGAGUCAGAUGACUGAUGUGAUACUAUCGGAAACUUUCACCGAUUUAAAUGAAAGUCUGAAACUUGAUUUUAUGAUUAAAGCAGCCAAAGCUGGUGCCUAUAAAACAUAAAUUGUUCAUUUUAAUAUUAUAAAUUUCAGAAGAGAAUUAUAAUGGAGUUUUUUUAAAAUUAUGUU